AUGACUUCGUCGUUUAGAAUUAGAGUGCCUGCGACAUCUGCAAAUAUCGGUCCAGGCUUCGAUGUCGUUGGUUUGUCCCUGUCCCUCUACCUUACCCUUGCCGUCUCUGUUCCCCAAGUCCCCCCAUCCUCCUACGCGCCUCCACUUAUCACCUAUUCUGGCGAAGGCGCCGAUGAAGUCCCUCUGGAUGCCUACAAAAAUCUCACCACUCGCGUCGCCCUAUACGUCUUACGAUGUCACGACAUUCGCUCCUUCCCCUCGGGUCUCAAGAUCCAUGCGAACAAUGAAAUCCCUUUCGGACGGGGCCUUGGAUCGUCAGGCGCAGCGGUAAUCGCCGGUGUGCUACUUGGAAACCAAUUGGGGAACCUCAGGCUUCCAAGGGAACGAUUACUAGACUUUGCCUUGAUGGUCGAGCGGCAUCCAGACAAUGUCACAGCUGCCCUGGUGGGAGGAUUCGUCGGGUCCUAUUUGAGGGAACUGGAUGAGGCCGCGACAGAGGCAGCCAGUGUGCCUUUGAGCGAAGUCUUGCCGGAGUACCCACCGGAUGCAUCUGAGGAUUGGGGCCUCAACCCUCCCGCCCCCCCGAGUGGUAUAGGCCACUUUGUACGAUUCGGCUGGUCCGAGAGCAUCAAGGCCGUAGCUAUUGUCCCUAGAUUCGAGCUUAGUACUGCCAAGGCUAGAGAAGUCCUUCCAACUUCUUAUUCUCGCAAAGAUCUUGUCUUCAAUCUGCAGCGCCUGGCGGUUUUGACUACAGCACUAGCUCAGUCACCGCCAGAUCCCGAUCUCAUCUACGAAGCCAUGAAGGAUAGAGUCCAUCAACCAUACCGAAAAACUUUGAUACCUGGCCUGCCUGAAGUUACAUCAAUGAUCACCCCUUCAAGCCAUCCUGGCUUGCUAGGUAUUUGCUUGUCUGGAGCAGGUCCAACGAUCUUAGCUCUUGCAACACAUGGUUUCGAAGCUAUUGCGGAAGAUGCACGAGCAAUCUUCAAAAAGACUGGUGUAGAGAUCGAUUGGAACGUAUUGACAGUCGUAGGCGGGAGCUCAGUUAAAUGA